UCUGUAAAGUCGAAGAAGAAUGAGAAAUAGACGUGAACGGUGACGAAAGUGAGUGAAAUCAGGCGGCGUUACACAACGGACAAGUGAACGAAGCGUGUGAGAGAAACGUUAUGCUCUGGGAGGAGGCUGAGUUUGGGCAGGUGAGUCCAUCCAGGUGCUCAGUGUGAGUGUGAAAACUCUAGUGUGUGGUUUAGUGCGAGGAAGGAGCCGGGGUGAGACUUACGGCGGCUGUAGCCCUCACCGCCAUGGCUACAGCGAAGAUGAAGCCGCCUGGCGUUAGUCUUCUCUUAGCAUUAUGUUACAUCUCAGUGGUUUCUGCUCAAUAUAGCUUAGGACAAGGACUUCAGCGCGAAAUAUUCUUCCUGAAGUUAGAAGAUGGUUACUUCGGCUGCCAAGUGAACGAGUCGACGGAAGUCCUUCAGUUGUUUGAAGUUUCCCGACUCUGCGACGGCACCCCGAACUGCUUCCUCGGAUCCGACGAGAACAUCAACGAACUCAAGUGCACGAACAACUGUCCGUACACGCAAGGCCACAAGUGUGUGAACGGCGCCUGUCUGGACGGCCUGUGUCACUGCGACGAUGGCUUCGGCGGCUGCGGCUGCAACUCGCCAGACGAGAACGAGUGCAAGUACCGGCCGUGCGACGUGUUCGCCGCGUGCACCAACACGCUGGGCUCCUUCACCUGCACCUGUUUCCCCGGCUACGAGGGCGACGGCUUCGAGUGCUCCGACAUCGACGAGUGCCUUGAUCCCGCCCUGGCCGCCAAGUGCGUGGAGCAUGCCGAGUGCUGUAACCUGCCCGCCCACUACACCUGUGAGUGCAAGGAGGGCUUCACCGGCGAUGGCUACACGCAGUGCUUGGACAUCGACGAGUGUGCGAAUCCCAGGGCGUGUGGCAGCAAUGCUGUCUGCACCAACCAGCUCGGCAACUACACCUGCACGUGUCCCGAAGGCUACAUCGGCAACCCGUACACUGGGUGUGCUGACUUGGACGAGUGCGAGCGUUCUAACACCUGCGGGCCCAGCGCCAAGUGCAUCAAUCGUGAAGGAGGACAUGACUGUGAGUGCCCUGUCGGCUAUCAGGGCGACCCAUACUCACGCAGCGGCUGCCAGGACGUCAACGACUGCGAAAGGAGUCCCUGUGCCGCCAACGCGUUGUGCGUGGACGGCAUCAACAACUUCACGUGCGCCUGUCCGCCUGGCUUCGUCGGUGACCCUUACAACAUGUACGGCGCCUGCAAAGAUAUUAACGAGUGCGUCGACCCGGCGGAGAAUGAGGUGGAGGUGACAACGCUGAUCCCGUCGGGGCUGGACUUGGCCUCCAACUGGUCAUUCCCUUGCGGCGCCUCGGCCACCUGUGUGAACACCCAAGGCUCUUACGAGUGUGUGUGUCCUGCUGGCUUCACGGGCAAUCCUCAGCAGGCGUGCUCCGACAUCAACGAGUGCGGGCUGGCCACCACGUGCAGCCCCAACGCCAAGUGCCUCAACGUGCCCGGCUCCUUCAAGUGCUUUUGUCCACCCGGCUUCGAAGGGGACGGGGAGCAGACCUGCAGCAACGUAGACGAGUGCCUCAACAACCCCUGCGGUGCCAACGCUGACUGCCUGGACAGCGUGGGCAGCUACUCAUGUCAGUGCCGGCAAGACUUUACAGGAGACCCCUACGUAGGCUGUGUUGACAUCGAUGAGUGUCAGGCGUAUGACCGGCCAUGCGGGAUCAACGCGGUGUGUCAGAACGCCCAGCCUGGCUACACCUGUCUGUGUCCCCAGGGCUUCACGCCGCGGCCGAGUCCUCAGGUGCUUUGUGAGCAGGCCAGCGUCAGCAUCCUGUGUCAUUCGAAUUUCGACUGUGUAAACAACGCUCAAUGUGUGGAGGGUCAGUGUUUCUGCCGUGAUGGCUUCAAGGCCGUCGGAGCGGAGUGUCGUGACGAGGAUGAAUGCCAAACGGCUCCCUGUGGCCCUAACGCACAGUGCCGAAAUGUCCCUGGCAGCUUCCAGUGUACCUGCAACGCUGGCUUCCUCGGCAACCCGCCUGAGGCUGCCUGCAAAGCUCCAUGUGAAGGCAUCGAAUGUGGUCCAAACGCCUACUGCAAAGCCGACGGUGUAGAGGCCAUGUGUAUGUGUAAGCCUGGCUGGACCUACGACCCGACUGACAUCUCCGCCGGCUGUGUGGAUGUGAACGAGUGCUCAGCAGGGAACAGGCCGUCGGGUCAGUGUGGCGACAACGCCCUCUGUACCAACACACCGGGAUCGUUCACCUGCCAGUGUCCUCCAGGCUUCACCGGGAACGCCAACUCCAAGUGUCUCGACCUGGACGAGUGUCGGCGGCCUGGCACGUGCGGAGUAGGAGCCCUGUGCACCAACACCCCGGGGUCCUACACGUGCGUCUGCCCACCCAACACCGUUGCCGAUCCUGAUCCCUUCACGCAGUGCCUCGACAUAAUGAAGUGCGAUAAGGACAACGACUGCCCGGGCAAUGCGCUGUGCCUCAUGAAGCAGUGCAUGUGUCCCGACCCUAACAUCGGCGAUGACUGCAGACAUCCAUGCGAAGACGUGCGCUGUGGCCCUAAUGCUGACUGCAAGCUCAUCAACGGACAGCCUAAAUGCAUCUGCAGCCAAGGCUUCAAUGGCAACCCAAUCAGUGUUUUUGGAUGCACAGACAUUGAUGAGUGUGCCAACAAUCCAUGUGGCGCGGGAGCCGUGUGUCGCAAUGAGCCAGGGGCUUUCACGUGCGAGUGUCCCUCGGGCUUUGAGGGGAACCCGGCUCGUGAAGGCUGCAGGGCAGUAAAGCCCCCCGGCUGUGGUCCCACACAACCUUGUCCCACCGGCGAGCAGUGUGUGCAGGAUGAUGCUCAGAGUGUGUGUGUUUGUCGACGAGGCUACACACGCGACCAGGUCACUGGACGCUGCCAAGACAUCAACGAAUGUGUGGACAACCGCCACGCCUGCGGACUUAAUGCUAACUGCAAGAAUCUCCCAGGUUCUUAUGACUGCCAGUGUCCACCAGGCUUCGAGGGCAACCCCUUCAGCGUGUGUGAACGCUGCAACACUCUAGAAUGUACCUGUCUGCCGCCGUACCGCAUCGUGGAGGGUAACUGUGUGUUGGCCAACUGCUCACUGGGCUACAAGUGUCCCUCUGGUGCAGAGUGUGUCACCAUCCAAGGCGGCCUCAGCUACUGUGCAUGUCCCAAGGGCUUCACCACGCGGGCUGACGGCUCCUGCCAAGAUGUGGAUGAGUGUGCUGUGCGCCAGCCUGACGGAAGUCCCCGCUGUGCCCUCAACGCUGAGUGCUAUAACCUGGUAGGCGGGUUUGAAUGCCGUUGUCCUCCCGGCUAUUCCGGAUAUCCAUUCACCUCAGGCUGUUUCGUGUCCCGCGUCCAGUGCACGAGGGAUAAUGAUUGUGAGGAGAACAAGCGGUGCGUCCAACCUGGCAAGUGUAUCUGUCCUCCACCUUACUUCGUAGACAACCAAGACAAUGCCAAGUGUAAAAGUCCAUGCGAGGCCUUUUCGUGCGGCAUAAACAGCAAGUGCGAACCUUCUGACCCACCUCAGUGCAUCUGUCUCCCGGGCUUCGUCGACAGGGGACCAGCCGGCUGUGUGGAUAUCGACGAAUGCCAAGAGAAAAAGUGCGGCCAGAAUGCCAUUUGUAUUAACGAAAUUGGAACUUAUAAAUGCGAGUGCCCUCCAGGCACCGUUGGAGACCCAUUUUUAGGCACCUGCAUUGGGACGGAGGCGAAGGGAUGUACAAAAGAUACUGACUGUCCCGGCGAUCUUGCCUGCACACCCACUGGCAGCUGUGUCAACCCAUGCGACUCUCUCCCUUGUGGCGAGAAUGCUUACUGUGAGGCCGAAGAACAUGCCGCCUGGUGCCGCUGCCAUCCAGGGUAUGCCGAGGGCCCCAGUGGGGACUGUGUGUCUAUGUGCGAGGGCUUCCUCUGCGGCCGCGGCUCGACAUGCAUCGUGACUCGUGACGGACCCACCUGCAAGUGUGAGGAUGGCUUCAACGGCAACCCCUUCCCUGGCGGUGCUUGCAUCCCUUACCAGUGCUCAGCUGCCAACCCUUGCCAAGACCCUCAGGUGUGUGCCAACGGCCGCUGCAAGGAGCGCUGUGAGGGCGUGGUGUGUGGCGUUGGGGCAAAGUGUGACAAAAAUACAAACAAGUGCGUGUGUCUUCCCUUCUUCCUGGGUGACCCUGACCUGCUCUGUGUCCCACCCGUGACACCACCCUUAUGCACCCCAGGGUGUGGCAGCAAUGCCCACUGUGAGUAUGGUGAGCCAAACCGCUGUGUGUGCAACGGUGGCUACAGCGGCAACCCCUACAAGUCAUGCGAGUCAGAAGAGGAGAAAAAGGCAAACUGCUCCACCACCAAAUGCGGCAGUGGUGCACAGUGCCGCCAGGGUGUGAACCGUGUCGACUGUGUGUGCCCAGUCGGCUAUCAAGGAAACCCAUACGUUGAGUGCGUCGACGUGGACGAGUGUAUUGGCAAUGCCUGUGGCAUGAAUGCUGUCUGCCUCAACACGCUGGGCAGCUUUGACUGUCGCUGUCAAGAAGGUUUUACUGGCAACCCAUUCCAAAUGUGCAUGGAGAUUGACUUGAAAGAUGAUCCAUGCCUCAUGGACCCGGCAGCCUGCGCCCCGGCGCCUUGCUCUGGGGUGGUGUGUGGCCCCAAUGCUGCGUGUGACCGUGGCUCCUGCAUCUGCUUGCCAGGCUUCCAUGGGGACCCCAAUGACAGUGAUGAUGGCUGCAAGUCCUCAGAAUGCAGCAACGACCUCGACUGCGAUGAUGACGAGAUCUGCUUUUCAAGUAACAGACGCCGGACAUGCGAGGAGGCGUGCAACAAGGUAGAAUGUGGCCCCAAUGCAAUCUGCGUGGCUCAGGACCAUCGCUCUGCCUGUCUCUGCAAGGAAGGUUAUGAUGGAAACCCCUACGACCCAGCCUCAGGGUGUGAGUCAGCCACAGAACGCGAGGAUGACUGUGACGACGAUGAUGAGUGUGAUGAUGGCAAGGUGUGCCAGGUGGACCUUCAAGGAGUGCGUGCGUGCGUGGACCCCUGCUUCACCCACAGGUGUGGCCAGAACGAGGUGUGCUACGUGAAGGAAGAUCGUCCACUGUGCCGCUGUGAUGACGGCUAUCUGCACAACCCAGUCACCAACCUCUGCCAGAAACCUGCCGUGCCAGACUGCCAGACCGACCUCAACUGUGCCACCAAUGCCGCUUGUCGGCCAGAUGAGUUGGGCGUCUUAAAAUGUGUGGACGUGUGUCGUGAGUUCAACUGUCCUCAGCAUUCCACGUGUCACGCCAGCAACCAUCGAGGAGUGUGUCAUUGUGAGCCAGGCUAUACUGGUAACCCUAGUCACCGCAGCGGCUGCCGCCCACUGCCUCGCGACCAGUGCCAGAAUGAUGCCCAAUGUCCGCAAACUCAUCGUUGCGAGGCUCAGGGCAAUGUGCGCAAGUGUGUGGCUGUGUGUGACUCAACACGCUGUGGCCCUGGCGCUGUGUGUGUAGCCAAUAAUCACGUGGCACAGUGCCAGUGUCCACCUGGGAAAUUCACUGGGGACCCCAACGAUCUUGUGCAGGGCUGCAGCUCUGUUGUUUGCCUCAAAAAUGAAGACUGCCCCACAGACAAGGCGUGCAACAGACUCGAUUAUACUUGUUAUGAUGUCUGUUUUGAUGCUUGCGGGGAAAAUGCUAUCUGCCUUGCUGAAAACCAUCGCUACAACUGCAGGUGUCCACCAGGUUAUCGUCCACAGCCAGUGGCUGACAUUGCCUGCGGCGUCUUAGACCUGUGUGACCCCAACCCAUGCCACUCAUCUGCUAGGUGCUCCCCUUCAGGCGGCACCCACCAGUGUCAGUGUCCCACUGGAAUGGUUGGUGAUCCCUACACCACGGGCUGCCACCCCAAGGGUAUGUGCCCCAACGGAAACGAUGAUUGCCAACUAGACAGCGUGUGUCUCAAUGGCCGGUGUGCGUCCCCAUGUGAUGGAGCCUGUGGUCCCAACGCUAUCUGUAAUGUUGUCAACAGGAAGCCGAUUUGUACCUGCCCUAUAAAUUUCCAGCCAAACCCAACUCCCGAGCGUGGGUGUGUACGUGUCACGUCCCCAUGCAGCAGUGAUGCUCAGUGUCAGAAUGGGGCGUGUCUUGCUGGUCAGUGCAGAGUGGUGUGUCGGGACAAUGCAGAGUGUGCCCAAGGCGAGCGUUGCAUCAGGAAUAAGUGCAUGAUGCCUUGUGUGUCAUCCUCACAGUGCCCUGCUGAACAGGUUUGCACUGUUGGAGUGUGUCUGCUGGGCUGCCGCAGCAACGGUGAUUGUCCCCCUGAGCAGGGGUGUGUUAACAACAAGUGUACCGACCCUUGCUCCAAGGAAAACGUGUGUGGGCCCAACGCUGAGUGUCAAGUUCAACACCAGCGUGCGGGGUGCACUUGUCCGGUGGGCUUCAAGGCAAUACCUACCCCCGAGCAAGGCUGCAUCCGUGUUCCCACUUCCUGUACCUCCAACAACGAGUGUGGCCCCAACUUGGUCUGUGAUUAUGGAAAGUGCCACCCUGUCUGCCAGCAAAAUGCACAAUGUGCACAGGGUGAAAGUUGUGCUGAUGGAGUAUGCAAAAAAGUUUGCUUUGGAGACAGCAACUGCCUACCGGGAGAGGUGUGUAUUGAAGGCUCGUGUGUAUCAGGCUGUCGCAGCAAUACUGAUUGCCGCCUCCACGAAGUCUGCAUCUCGAAGAAAUGCAUGUGUGACAAAGGCUUCUUGCCUGGCGUGAGCGGUUGUGUUGAUAUAGACGAGUGUCAGGAGAACCCGUGCCAUUCGACGGCCUCAUGCAUCAAUCUUCUUGGCUCCUACAAGUGUACCUGUCCUCCCAACACUGUUGGGGACCCAUAUGUGUCGCCGGGCUGUGUCAAGCCAGACACCUGUACUGAUGACAGCUCGUGCCAAGGCGACCAGGCAUGUGAGCAGACAGAACAAGGAAUACUGGAGUGCAUUGACCCAUGUGCCUCGGCUGUUUGUGGCAAUAAUGCACGCUGUAAGGUGAUAGAUCGCAAGCCUCUUUGUGAGUGCGAGCCCGGUCACUAUGGCGACCCCAAUGAUCUCAAGGUGGGCUGUGUGCGAGGGGAGUGUAUCCAUGACAAGGACUGCUCCAGCAACAAGCUUUGCGACAGUCUUCGCUACAAAUGCAUCAAUCCAUGUGACAAUACAAACUGUGGGUUUGGGCGCUGUCAAACUGUGGACCACGCUGCCAUCUGCUACUGUGAACGAGGCUUUGAGAGGGAUGCAGCAGGGGCUUGCAUUGACAUGGACGAGUGCCGAGAUUCUCCGUGCCACAAGUCUGCACUGUGUCGCAACACACUAGGGAGUUACUUGUGCGUGUGUCCUGAGGGCCAGGUGGGUGACCCAGUGGUGAGUGGCUGCCGUCCGCCUGGGGGAUGCAUCGAUGACUCAUCCUGCCCUGACUCAGCCUCCUGCGUCAACAAUAACUGUUUUGAUCCCUGCCGGAACCCUGACGCGUGUGGAAAGGGAGCAGCGUGUCGCGUUGUGAACCACGAAGCCACAUGCUCCUGUCCACCCCGCACCACAGGUGACCCCCUUACCCAGUGCAUCGCCCUGGAGUGUCUGCGUCAUGGUGACUGUGCAGCAGACAAGUCAUGCAUCGGUAACAAGUGUGUCAACCCAUGCUCUAUACCCGGUGUGUGCGGCAAGAAUGCUGCCUGCAAACCACGCGCUCACCUACACCAGUGCUACUGCGAGGCAGGCUUUACUGGAGACCCCAACCUUGGCUGUACCACCAUCACUUACUGCACCGUGGAGACUGACUGUCCGUCAGGGGAGCAGUGCAACGGGGGAGUCUGCGUCCCCUCGUGCACCAGCAACCGCGGGUGUCUCUCUGGCCAAGUGUGCAUCGAGGGAUCGUGUGUACCGACCUGUAGGAACAACGCCGAGUGUCCCUCGCUCCAGGUUUGCCAGAACGGUUUGUGCGUGGUAGAGGUGAAGUGCCGCCAGAACGAGGAGUGUGAGAGUAGUCAGCAGUGUCGCACCAACGCCGUGGGCCAGGCCGAGUGCAAGGCGGCGUGUGACGGACUCGUGCUGUGUGGCCGCAAUGCCGAGUGUGUCGCCAUCAAACAUCAGCCGGUGUGCCAGUGUCCUCAGGGCUACUUUGGUGAUCCUCAAGACGACCGGGUUGGCUGCCAGAAGAUCGAAUGUGAGGAGGACGAGGAGUGCCCUCAGACAGAUCGCUGUGAUAAUUACGCGUGCAAAGCCGCAUGUCGUGUAAACAACCUGUGUGGAGAGAACGCUCUCUGCGUCUCUGAGGGUCACAAGGCUGUGUGCUUCUGUCGUGAUGGCUUCCAAGGAGACCCUCUGAAGGGAUGUCAGCCCAUCGAUUUCUGUGCCGAAAAGCCGUGUGGUCCUGGUGCAAGCUGCAACAACUUCCGAGGUAACUACAAGUGCCUGUGUCCACCGGGCACCGUAGGCGAUGCCUAUACGGAGGGAUGCAAGCAGCCCGUUGACUGCCUGGAGGAUGAUGACUGCCCCGUGAAUGCUUUCUGUGGGGAGGAGGACAACGUGCCCAAGUGCAAAGACGUUUGCGAGGAAUCCCAGUGCGGCCUUAAUGCGGAGUGCGGCGCUGCUGACCACCGAGCCGUGUGCACGUGUAUUCAAGGCUACGAGGGUGACCCUACUGACCGAGUGACUGGCUGUCGCCCGAAGGAAGUGCGGUGCCGGGCCAACACAGACUGUCCACCAACCACCAUCUGUGAUGGAGGACUGUGCAGGCCACCGUGCCAGAGUGACUCGGAGUGUGGGCUGACGGAGGCGUGUCUGCGUGGUCAGUGCACCAACCUGUGUGGAGAAGAGCAGCCGUGCGGCGUCAGCGCCAUUUGCAAGAUGGUCAACCACAAGAAAGAGUGCUCCUGCCCACCUGACUUCACCGGAAAAGCUGAGAUGGAGUGCUACAGGGUGCCAUCUGCUUGCCAAAAGGAUAGGGACUGUUCAUCGGGCUUCACGUGUAAGAAUGGUGUGUGUAACCUUGGCUGCAGAGGAGACAACGACUGUGCCCGAAACGAAAAGUGCAUCCGCGGCUCCUGCAUGUUAACUUGUCGUCUUGACAACGACUGUUUCCUGGGGCACAUUUGUCUGAGCAACAUUUGCACGAUCGGCUGUCGGGCCAACGAGGACUGUACCAGCAAUGAGGCAUGCGUCAACAAUCGCUGCUCCAACCCUUGUAGCUCCUCCUCUGUGUGUGGCCCCUACGCCCUUUGCUCCAUCAGCAACCACCGGGCUCAGUGUUCUUGCCCAGAUGGCUUCAUCCCCAACCCAACACCUAACGUCGCGUGUUCUCGGAAGCCCACUUCUUGUAACAUCAAUUCUGACUGUCAACCAGGCUUUGUGUGCACAUUGGGCACCUGCAUGCACAUCUGUUCUUCCUCAUCCAACUGUUUGGACACAGAGCAGUGUGACGGGUCUGUGUGCCGCCCUACCUGCCGCCGUGACGAUGACUGUCGUUCUGGAGAGAUCUGUAGGCAGCUCAUGUGCACCAUCGGCUGUCGCUCAGAGGUUGAGUGUCCCUCCAGCCAGGCGUGCGUUAACAACAAGUGUGUGGACCCGUGCACCUCGCCCACAGCCUGUGGCGGCAAUGCCAAGUGCACAGCUGAAGGACACAGAGCUAAAUGUUCUUGCCCAGACAACUUGGUUGGUGAUCCCUAUACUAACUGUCGCCUACCGCCUACGUCCUGUUCCAACGACCCUGACUGCCCCAAAGGAAUGACAUGCUUCUCCGGAACCUGCCGCCCACUCUGCUCUAACGACCAGGGUUGCUUCGACAAUGAGCGCUGCGUUGGCGGGGUCUGUAAAGAGAUCUGUAACUCUGAUUCUCAGUGUGGUGAAGGCAACAUCUGCCAGGGUCGGUUAUGUAUACUUGGCUGCCGCUCAGACUCCAGAUGCUCCCCACAACAGUCCUGUAUCAACAGGCAGUGCCGCGACCCGUGCCAAGGGGACGUGGCAUGUGGCAAGUGUGCUGAGUGUGAGGUGGUAAACCACCAGGCCCAGUGCAGAUGUGCUUCCAACACUGUGGGUGACCCUCUGGUGGCGUGCAUUACCCCAAUGCGGCGCUGCUCCUCCAACACCGACUGUGGCUUCCGUGGCUCAUGUCAGAGUGGCCUCUGUGUCAAGGCCUGCAGCGACUCCUCCCAGUGCAACUGUGGAGAGACUUGCAGCGACAGCUACUGCCGUGCCCGGUGUUCCGAGCACAGUGACUGUUCUGACGGGUUCCUGUGUCGCGAUGACCUGUGCGUAGCUGGCUGCCGCGAUGAUUCUGACUGUCCCACCAGCAAGGGUUGUUAUAACAACAAGUGCGAGGACCCCUGUCAAGCAGACCCCUGCGGCACCAACACUCGUUGCCGGGUAUCCAGCCACCGGCCACUUUGCUUCUGUAAGGACGGCUACCAUGGGGACCCCAAAGUCAGUUGUGAAGAAUACGAGUGUAGAACGGACCAGGAGUGCGAUCGCGACCAAAAAUGUGUUAACCGUGAGUGCAAGAACCCAUGCAGUGACAAUCCGUGCGGCACCAACGCGCGCUGCACAGUGUCCAACCGAGAAUCGAAGUGUUCUUGUCCCCCAGGUUUCUUCGGGAACCCGGUGGUAGAGUGUAAGAAGGAGAUAAACGAGUGCCUCAAUAACCCUUGUGGCCCUAACGCCCAGUGCAUCAACACCGUCGGCAGCUACCUAUGCUCCUGCGACACUGGCUGUGAAGGGGACCCGUACAAGCAAGAAGGCUGCAUGUGCUUGCAGGACCAGGUGGAGCCCUGUCAACGGGUCAGCUGUGGCAUCAAUGCCAAAUGUCGAACUGUUUCUCGCACCGAAGCCGAGUGUUACUGCCCGGAUCAUCUUCCCACUGGUGACCCACACGUCAAAUGCGCGGGUGAUUGUCGCCAGGACGGAUGCGGACUCGCGGCCAAGUGCGUGCGGGAACGUGAUGGGAGCUACGGGUGUCGGUGCAGCGACGCCACGUGGACGGGAGACCCCCACGUCGAGUGCUACCCAGGCCCGAUUGAGUGUCGCCGUGACGAAGAGUGCGCGAGCAACCUGGCCUGUGUCGACAACCGGUGCGCCAACCCUUGUGCUGUGGGCCGCCCCUGCCCCCCUAACAAGCAGUGCGACGUGCUCAACCACCUUCCUGUGUGUAUCUGCAUGAAAGACUGCACGCCAUCCGUCACCAUCUGCCUGAGGGACGAAGGAUGUGCUCCCACCGAGGCUUGUGUGUCCUACCAGUGUGUGGACCCAUGUGCCUCUUACGGCUGCCCCGGGGACACCCCCUGCUACGUCGAGGAUCACAAGCCACUCUGUAAAUUCUGCCCCCCUGGCUAUACUGUCGACCCUGGCUUAGGCUGCGUCAAAGACAUCGAUACUCCUACUACCCCUUCCACUCCCACCACCAUCACCACCACCGUCAGGUCCUCUGCGCCUCCAUGUCGGAGUGACGCAGACUGCGGCACUACUACACACUUGUGUCUUCAAGGGCACUGCAAAGACCCUUGUCUAGAGGCCUGUGGGACACGACAGUGCUCCGCCUCUAGGGGCUCACACGGACAAAUCAAAAUUAUGUGCAUCAACAGAAACAAAACUCACCCACCCACUACCACACCCUCGCAGGACGUAGCUAAGACCCUGAGACCCAAGGGCUUCUUUCCAACCACUCCCACUCCCCAGCCCACUACUCCUGCCAUCCCCAAGAUACCUUUUGUCCCCGAGACUCAAGUUACUCCCUCAUUUACACACCGAGUUCCCUUCACACCCACGACUCCACCAAGCACACUUCCUGUUACUGCUUUCCCCUCAACCAGCUCCCAGCCUCCACCCCCUCGGCAAACUAAGCCACCUUUCACCGUGAUAAAACGACCCCUCACCACCACAAAGCCACCCAUAUCCUACACCACACCACGGUCUCUUCCCCUCAAGACAACCAACACACCCUUCUUUACAGUUAGACCCACAACUCCUGCACCUUUAAAAUCCUCUCGUGUACCUACAACCACACCUCGACCUUUACAAACACCUUCCACCACCCCUGAGAUAGUUCCUCGCCUCACUACAACACCCACAACCAGACUAACCUCCUCGAGGCCAACUACCUUCCCUCCUUUGGUCCCCACUGCCCCAUCUCCCCUCACCCCGUCCACCAUCCCAAGCCCUACCAUACCAAAGACUCUGUCGGCGGUGGGCAGACGAUGCACAAGUAGUCUGGAGUGCCCCAGGGACAUGGCGUGCCUCCAGAAGCGGUGCACAGACCCUUGUAAAGUCACAAGUCCUUGUGGUAGUGGGUUCGUGUGCCUAGUGAUCAGUCACAGGUUAACCUGCCAGUGUCCCACGGGGCCGACACUAGCCUCCCGAUGUCCCCAAGCGGUGGGUUGCCGGGAUGACUCUGAGUGUCCCACCAACCAGGCAUGCAUCAACGAGAAGUGCCUCAACCCCUGCGUGGAGCGGAACCCUUGUGGUGCCAAGCAAGACUGCAAGGUGGAGAACCAGCGUGCCACCUGCGUCACUGUGGGGUGUCGAGACAACAGUGACUGUCCCAGCGACCUCGCCUGCUACAACAAAGAAUGCCGCUCCCCCUGCACGCUAAGGAAUCCGUGUGAAUCCUCAGAGAGAUGCGAAGUUCGUGAUCACAUUCCUUUCUGCAUCUCAGACACUUCUGGGUGCAGCAGUGACGCGGACUGCCAGCAGGACGAGGCGUGCUUCUCAGGCCGCUGCAUGAACCCGUGCGUCAUGACAGAGGCGUGUGGGCUGGAUGCUGACUGCAGGGCCAUUAGCCACACUCCUCGCUGCUCCUGCCCCCCGAGCUACACCGGCGACGCUACCGUCAGGUGUUCUCCCAUAGCGCCACCAGCCUGUGUCUGCGAUGACAACGAUGACUGUUCUUCUGGCUAUUUGUGCGACGGCUGUACCUGCAGGCCACUGCUGGACGAAGGCGUGACCUGCGACCCUCCAUGCCGGCCCGGCGAGAAGUGUGACGAGACGCUGCUUGUGUGUCGCCCAGCCACGACCCCGCUGCCAGGCUGCUCCUCAGACCUUAUGUGCCCAGACGACAAGGUUUGUUAUAACCGGAAUUGCAAGGACCCCUGCGACCUGGCCAAUCCAUGCGCUGCCCGAGCUGAGUGCAGCACUAGGGCCCAUCGCCCCCAGUGUAUCUGCCAGCCAGGCUACACUGGAGAUCCUUAUACUUUCUGCGGCACAGACAUUAUCACCCCAGCGGGGUGCCGCAGUGACAAGGAAUGUCCCUCAACACAAGCUUGUAUUAACAACGAAUGUCGCUAUCCGUGCGAUGACGACCCUUGCGGGGCCAACGCUGAGUGCAUCAACAGUGACCAAAGUGCCCAGUGCCGAUGCCGUAAUGGAUUCCAGGGUGACCCUCUUAAGGGCUGCUCUCCUGUGGGCUGCUUCACCUCCGAUGACUGUGACCCCUUUGAAGAGUGCUACAGUGGGCAGUGCGUCAACCCCUGCCGGCUGGGAAGUAACCCCUGCCCGCCCUCCGCCACAUGUCACGCCCUAGCCCACGCUGCCACCUGUAUGUGUCCUCCUGGCCACACUGGCAUACCCCUCCAAGGCUGCACACUUGUGCCCGUUUGUGGUGUAAACUAUGAUUGCCCCAAAGAUGAGGCCUGCAUUGAGCGGCUAUGCCAGGACCCCUGUAAAGCUGCACCAUGCCCUCAAGGGUCUUUGUGCACAGUCACAGACCACCGCCCUGUGUGUCAGUGUCCAGCAGGUUAUACAGGUACCCCAGAAACUGCUUGUGUUCGGUCAGUGUGCUCCAGGGAUGAUGAGUGCCCGGCAGGCCGUGUGUGCCAGGGUGGGGUAUGCCAAGACCCAUGCACGGAGUGCGGGCAGGGUGCUGUCUGCCAAAAAGAACGUGAUUUACUCAUAUGUCUCUGUCCCAGCGGUUUUACUGGAAAUCCAAGACUAGGAUGUGCCCCAAUCCCUGGCUACUGCUCUUUGGAUAUCGAGUGCCAACUGCAAGAGGCGUGUGUGUCCAAGGAGUGCCGUGAUCCCUGUACCACUGUUCCACCCCCGUGUGGUGUUGGUGCCCUCUGUCGCGUCAUCAACCACCGCACCAUCUGUCAGUGUCCAGAUGGGUAUGAGGGAGACCCGCGUGAUGUGUGCACCCCAGUGAGUCUCGUGCCCGUCUGCCAUUACAACCGAGACUGCCCCACCAACUUGGCAUGCGACCGUCUCUCCCGCACAUGCAUGGAUCCUUGCACAAGGGACGAAUGUGCCCCUACGGCCAUCUGCCGUGCCAUCAACCACAUGGCCACCUGCCAAUGCCCUGCUGGAUACAGUGGCAACCCUAACAUUGAGUGUGUCAUACCUGUGGGCUGCCGAGACAACAGUGCCUGCCCGCCAUCUGAGGCCUGCAUCAACAGCCAAUGCCAAGAUCCAUGUCAGUGCGGUCAGAAUGCCAUCUGCGAAGUAUCCAAUCACCGAGCCACUUGUCGGUGUCCACCUGGUUACCUGGGUGAACCGCUCCGAGGGUGUACCGUACCAAUCAAUCCCUGUGACAAUGACCCCUGUGGCGAAGGCGCACUAUGUGAACUGGACAACGGCAAUCCAAUCUGUGUGUGUCCACGAGGCACCACUGGCAACCCUUUUGAGAAGUGCAUCCCUGAAGGUGAGGAGUGCCCCGCGAAUACCUGUGGCCCCAACUCUGGCUGUCGGAUCGUGAACGGCAAACCAGUUUGCUUCUGUCUUCCCGAGUUUGUUGGCAAUCCACCCGCCGUCCCCUGCAGCCCACCAGCCAACCCCUGCGAGCCCUCACCAUGCGGCGCUAACACACAGUGCAAUGUGGUCAAUGAUUUCUACCGCUGCACAUGUUUGCCAGGCUAUGUGGGUCAACCUAAUACGAUACGAGGAUGUGUAACACCUGUCAACCCAUGUGUCCCCUCGCCGUGUGGGGAAGGCGCUCUUUGUGACGCCAACAGGAGUCCUUUCUGCUACUGUCGACCAGGGCUCAUUGGUGACCCCUAUACUGGCUGUAAAGAGCCUCCUCCAGCAUGCGGCCCUGGCUUGUGUGGUCAGAAUGCUGAAUGUCAUAUCCGUGGGUCUGCCAUUGAGUGCCGCUGCCGCCAAGGUUAUGAGGGUGAUGCCCACGUGUUGUGUGAAGCUCAACCCGAUAAUCCUUGUGAGCCUUCCCCAUGUGGACCCAACGCACAGUGCACAGUCAGUGACAAGAACUAUGCCGUGUGUACAUGCCAUCCACAUUUCACGGGAGAUGCAGACUCAGCCAGAGGAUGUGAGCCUGAAUGUGUAUCUCAUGAUGACUGUUCCAGCCACACAGCCUGCAUUAACAGCUUCUGCAUUGACCCAUGCCCUGGGGCCUGUGGCAUUGACUCUUUUUGUAAGGUUAUUGAACAUCGACCUGUCUGUGCCUGUCCAGCUGGCUUCGUGGGCAACCCGUACACACGUUGUGAUCCUUUGUCUGAGCCCAUUGACCCAGGGAAAAUCACACCUCAGCCUCCAGCCACUCCUUGCGUGCCUUCUCCAUGUGGCAUAAACACAGAGUGCCGCGUAACGGGCAACAGACCUGUAUGUUCCUGCUUCUCAGGCUAUAUAGGGGACCCCAAUAAGGCCUGUCAACCAGAGUGUGUCACCAAUAUUGACUGCAAGCGUACUGAAGCCUGUAUUGACCAGAAGUGCCGCGACCCUUGUGUGGAUGUGUGUGGAACCAAUGCUCUCUGUGAGGUGGACAACCACAACCCAAUCUGCUACUGUCCCAAGGGCAUGACCGGCGACCCCUUCAGGUUCUGCAUGGCUAUACUGGUUGAACCACCCAAGUCACCGUGUCAACCUAGCCCUUGUGGCCCCAACUCAGAGUGCCGCCAAGGUCCUGGCAGCAAGGCCGUGUGUUCCUGUCUGCCCGGAUAUUUUGGCAAGCCAUGCAGACCAGAGUGCACCAUUGACUCAGACUGUUCCUUGAGCAAGGCCUGUGUCAACUACAAGUGUGUUGAUCCCUGUGGAGGUUCAUGUGGUGUCAAUGCUGUCUGCAAGGUGGUGUCUCACAGGCCUUCAUGUAGCUGCCCUGAUGACCUCACUGGAAACCCUUACAGCAAAUGCUAUGAAAAGGAACCAGACGUUGAACAUCCCCCUGGCCCGCCCCCCACGGCUUGCACACCCUCAUGUGGAGCCAAUGCUGAGUGUAAGGUUGUAGGCAACAGGGGAACAUGUACCUGCUUGACUGGCUUCCUCGGUCGACCAGAAUUGGGUUGCAAACCAGAGUGCAUCACCAGCUUGGACUGUUCCUAUGACCGUGCCUGUGUCAACCAGCGCUGCAUUGAUCCCUGUGUUGGUUCAUGUGGUUUGGGGGCACAAUGUCAAGUUUCAAACCACAACCCGAUCUGCUCCUGUCCUAAAGGCAUGGUUGGCGACCCCUUCAGAAUCUGUCAGCCUUCGACACCUGCUCCACUACCAGCCCCUAAGUCGCCUUGCCAACCUAGUCCGUGUGGCAGCAAUGCUCAGUGCACGCCAUCAGGCAACCAUGCCGUGUGCACAUGUCUGGAAGGUUACAGAGGCAACCCAUACAUACAAUGUCGACCUGAAUGCAUUGUAAGCAGUGACUGCCCAUUAACUCUUGCCUGCAUUAAUCAAAAGUGCCGUGACCCUUGUCCAGGCACUUGUGGUUCCAAUGCCCUCUGUACUGUUGUCAGCCACAAUCCCAAAUGUUUGUGUCCACAAGGGUACAUCGGCGAUGCCUACACUGUAUGUCACCUUCGUCCCAGCGUCAUUCCUGUGGUGCCAGAAGGAGAAGUAGACCCUUGUGACCACAAUGCAUGUGGACCAAACACCGACUGCCGUGCUGAGGGCAAAAUUGCAGUGUGCCAAUGUCGUCCAGGAACCUUUGGUGACCCGAAUAUACCAACCGGGUGUGUUCCUGAAUGCGUCACUAACUCACAGUGUGCCAUGAAAGAGGCAUGCAUCCACCGGCAGUGUCGAGACCCUUGCCUUGGUGCCUGUGGCCGCCAAGCUUUAUGUGACAUCAUCAAUCAUAGGCCUGUCUGCCGCUGUCCUGCUGGGUUCUCUGGUGACCCAACCUACAGAUGUAUUCCGAAACCACUACCACCAGUGACACCUGAAGCCGUGGUGCCAGAGAAGGUUGCCCCAUGCGCUGUAUCUGCUUGCGGCCCAUCAGCUCUGUGCAAACCUCUGGAUGAUGGUCGUGAGACCUGCACUUGCCCUGUUGGGUAUGAAGGCAAUGCGUACGUAGAGUGUAGACCAGAGUGCACCAUCAACUCUGACUGUACUUUGAACCUGGCCUGUAUCAAUCAGCGUUGUAUAGACCCAUGUCCAGGCACCUGCGGCUUCAAUACUCAAUGUCAUGUGUUGAGCCACCAUCCCAGCUGUGUGUGUUUGCCAGGAUACACCGGGAACCCUUACUCACGGUGCUUCCCAGAGCCAACCAUAGAAGACAAGGAGGAAAACCCAUGUGAGCCGAGUCCCUGUGGUUCCAAUGCUGAAUGUCAUGUCCAGGGCAAUAGGGCCAAGUGUACUUGUCUCCCCGCCUUCAUCGGAGAGCCCCCAAGAUGUCGCCCUGAAUGUCUUCUGAACAACGACUGCAUCAUGACAAAGGCAUGCAUCAAGAAGGAGUGUGUUGAUCCCUGCCCCGGUGUGUGUGGUGUUAAUGCUCUGUGCGAGGUGAUCAACCAUAACCCCAUCUGUUAUUGCCCUAAGGAGCUCACUGGCGACCCAUUUGUACGGUGUUUUACACCCGAGGGACCCACUGAACCCCCACGGCGUCCAUGUGAGGGUAACCCAUGUGGGCCCAAUGCCAUCUGCCGGGAGGUGGGCAAUGAAAGGAGGUGUUCAUGUCAGGCUGGCUUCAUUGGCAACCCCCCAGCAUGUCGCCCUGAGUGUAUAGUGCCCAGUGAGUGUCCACCUCUCCUGGCUUGCCUCAAGAAUCGCUGUGUUGACCCAUGCCGUGGUACAUGUGGGGUUCAGGCCCAGUGUCGCGUCAUCAACCACAAUCCCAUCUGCAGCUGUCUGCCAGGCUUCACUGGGGACCCCUUCAUACGUUGUACACUUGCUCCCAUCCCUGUUACUCCCAAGCCUCCCACUCUGCCACCACCUGUGACUGAAAAAACAAAGCCUCCCACAACACCCUUUCCACCCGUUGCUGAGACAACACUUCAUGAUGUACCCAUUUCGCCACAGACUGAAAGGCCUUUCGUUACUCCAAGACCGGAGGUGGUGCUUCCUCAGCCCCCAGCCCCACCCCAUGACCCUUGCAUUCCAAACCCUUGUGGUGCCAAUGCCCUCUGCCAUCAACAAGGGUACCAACACCAGUGUAAAUGUGUCACAGGAUACUUCGGCAAUCCUGAGUUGGGGUGUGGCCCAGAGUGUAUACUUGACACUGACUGCAACAGGGAACUUGCCUGUGUAAAUCAAAAAUGUGUUGACCCUUGUCCUGAGGCAUGUGCAUCUAUGGCUCAGUGCAGCGUGAUAAACCAUGAGGCUCGCUGUUUCUGUCCACCAGGCUUAACAGGAGACCCCAGGAAACACUGUUCUCGUGCCCCCAUCGCAAUAUAUCCAAUACCCACCACCGUGUCGCCAAUACCAGCACAGCCGUGUGACCCCAACCCUUGUGGUGUGAAUGCUGAGUGCAUACCAGUAGGGCACCAGGGUGACUGCCGUUGUCUGCCUGACUACUUUGGUGACCCCUUCAUACAUUGUCGACCAGAGUGCACCACAAACAGGGACUGUCCACUGCAUCUGUCCUGUGCCAACCUCAAAUGCAUCGAUCCUUGCCCAGGUAGCUGCGGUGUAAAGGCCAACUGUAAAGUGGUAAAGCACACUGCCUCCUGUUAUUGCGACCCUGGCUACACCGGCGACCCCUACCGGGCCUGUCGUAUCACACCAGUCUUACCACCAGAGCCUGUAAACCCAUGCAACCCAAGCCCUUGUGGACCAAACUCCAACUGCCGUGUGGUGCAGAAACGCCCAGUGUGUGAGUGUCUUCCUAACUAUUAUGAUAAGCCACCUAAUUGCCGCCCCGAGUGUAUCAGCAACUCCGAGUGUCCCAGCCAUCUGGCCUGCAUCAACAUUCAGUGCAGUGACCCAUGUGUGGGUGCUUGUGGUACUAAAGCAUUGUGUGAGGUGACCAACCACAAGCCAGUGUGCUACUGCCCCAAGCACCUCACUGGCGACCCCUUCACCCGUUGCGUCCCCUUCCCCACUGUGCCCACAACCACUCCAAAACCAGAUGACCCUUGCCGUGAGGGAACUUGUGCUGUAAAUGCAAAGUGUCGCGUGGAGGGAACACGGGGCAUCUGCACCUGCAUCGACGGCUAUUUUGGCAACCCUUAUCAGGAGUGUAAGCCCGAGUGCCUCCUCAGUUCAGACUGUCCACAGUACCUGGCAUGCAUUAAGCAGAAGUGUGCUGACCCAUGUCCUGGCACCUGUGGAAUAAAUGCUUUCUGUGAGGUGGUUAAUCACAAUCCAGUGUGUAGCUGUCCCCGCACCAUGACUGGCGAUCCCUUCUCCCGCUGCCAAGAAAUUCGGGAACCACCAGACCCCUGCAUUCCAACACCCUGCGGCUCCUACACCAACUGCCGUGUUGUAGCAGACAGGGCCGUGUGUUCCUGCUUGCCAGAUUACUUUGGAGAUCCUGAUGUCGGAUGCAAGCCUGAGUGCACCAUCAACUCUGAAUGUCCCCUCAGCAAGGCCUGCAUCAAUUACAAGUGCAAAGACCCAUGUGCAGGUCUUUGUGGAUAUGAAGCUGUGUGUACUGUAAUCAGCCAUACUCCACGCUGUAGCUGUCCUGAUGGGUUCACUGGUGACCCACUAAAAUCUUGCCGCCCCAAGCCAGAAGAACCAGCUGACCCUUGUAACCCAGACCCAUGUGGCACCAACGCCAACUGUAAAGUUGUCAACAAUCGAGCAGAAUGCACGUGUUACCCAGGUUACUAUGGUCGCCCGCAUGUGGAAUGUACUCCAGAGUGCAUCAUCAACUCAGACUGUCCCAAAUACCUGACAUGUGUCAAUCAAAAGUGUGUGGACACUUGCCCAGGCUCAUGUGGCGUCAAUGCCGUGUGUGACAUGAUAAAUCAUCGGGCUGUGUGCACAUGCACUCGACGUUUCACAGGCGACCCGCAGGUGGAAUGCCGCCCUGUAGAAGUAACUACACCCAAGCCAGAGUGUGUGGUGGAUGGAGACUGCAGCGAUAAACAAGCCUGUAUCCAGCAACAGUGUAAAGAUCCAUGUGCCCUCUAUGACAACUGUGCCCCCAAUGCAGAGUGUCACGUCACACAACACAGAGCUGUAUGUUCCUGCCCGGAUGGUUAUGUUGGGAACCCCAAUGUACAGUGCCUUGUGGCUGGGUGUCGAGCCAACUCAGAGUGCCCGCCGAAGGAAGCUUGCAUCAACCGAGAGUGUGAAGAUCCAUGUGACUACGAGAACUGUGGCAUCAAUGCAGAAUGUCGGGUAGUGAAUCAGCGAGCCAAAUGCUUCUGCCCUGAUCGCUUCCUGGGCGAUCCAUAUGAGCGAUGUGAGCGGCCUGAGUGUGAUGUUGACUCUGAGUGCCCAUCCUGGCUGGCAUGUAUCAGGCAAGAGUGUCAGGAUCCUUGCAACUGUGGCUCUCAAGCUGAAUGUCGCGUCAUUAAUCAUCGCCCUGUUUGUACAUGUCCCCCAGGAUAUGAGGGAGAUGCUAACAUUGCUUGUACUACCAAGCCUGAGCGAGUACCACCUGUUCAGUGCACGACAGAUGGAGAGUGUCCCAGCAAGCUUGCCUGCUUCAGUGGCCACUGUGAGAAUCCCUGCCAGAUAAUCCAGCCUUGUGGAGUGAAUGCAAAGUGUACUGUCAUUGAUACACUUCCCUAUAGAACAAUGAUAUGUGAAUGCCUGCCAGGCUUCACCGGGGACGCCUACAAAGAAUGUGUCCCACGCCCAACUGAGCUUCCCGGCUGCACAACCGACAGCGAGUGUCCACCAACAGAGGUGUGUCGCAACAGGCAGUGUUUGGACCCAUGUGCCCUACUCGACCCAUGUGCACCAAAUGCAGAGUGCCAGGUGAUCGAUCGACGCCAAACAUGCACUUGUCCACCUGACCACACAGGAAACCCCCAUGUCUCAUGCUACAAGGUUCUAGAAGAGCCAGAAUGUCGCACUGACUCUGACUGUCCGUACACAGAAGCUUGCAUUAAUGAAGAGUGUGCAGAUCCCUGCUUAGUGGAGGAUCCCUGUGGCAAGGAAGCACUUUGCCGCACUCAACAACAUCGACCUAUAUGUUACUGUCCAGACGGCUGGGCAGGCAACCCACAGAUUGAGUGCUCCAAGCCGGAAUGUGUGAUUGACGACGACUGUCCAGUGGAUAGGGCAUGUAUCAAUCAGAACUGUGUGAACCCCUGCUCCUAUAGUGGUCCAGCCUGCGGCCUCAAUGCCAAGUGCCGAGCCAUCUUGCACCGGGCUCAGUGCUACUGUCCCCCAGGCAUGCAAGGUGAUCCAGCCUUGGCAUGUAUCAUUGUUGGCUGCAUUUACAAUGAUGAUUGUGCUGAUGACAAGGCUUGUGACCGCCUGAACCGUGUCUGCAUCCCUGUGUGUGAGGCAUCCACCUGUGGUACACAGGCCGAGUGUCGUGCUGCCAAUCAUGCAGCCAUGUGUGUGUGUCCUCCUCCCCUCAGAGGCAACGCUUACCUACAUUGUUAUGAAGCUCGCGAGCCACCCGUCACUGAGCCACCCAUAGAGCCAGAGUGUCGGCGUGACUCAGACUGCCCAUCACAACACGCCUGUAUCAAUGCCUUGUGUCAGGACCCCUGUGCUCUAGGGUCUCCUUGCCCGCCAUCUCAGGAGUGUCGAUUGGUGGAGGGCGAGCCACUCAGAGCAGUGGUGUGUCAGUGUCCAGCAGAUAUGAUAUUUGUUGCUGAUGGUUUAUGCAUAAAGCCAGGUGUAGAGCCAGAGUGCCAUGAAGAUCCAGACUGUGCAACACACGAAGCCUGCAGGGAGGGAAUCUGUGUCAGUGUUUGCCACUCGAACCCUUGUGGUCUCAAUGCCAUCUGCCAGGGUGUCAACCACAGAUUCCGUUGCGAUUGUACUGAUGGCUUUAUUGGUGACCCAUAUGAGUACUGCCACCGAAAACCCAUUAUUGACGUAUCCCCAAAAUGCAUCACUGACGACGACUGUGAUGAUAUCCUUGCCUGUGAGGAACAACACUGCGUUAGUCCAUGCGUCUAUGGUCACCCAUGCGGGCUUGACGCCUUCUGUCACGUCCGUAAGCACCAGGCAGUGUGUAGGUGCCCAGACGGGUUCAUUGGAGACCCUGUGGUUGAGUGUCAGCCAACCGGGCCCGGUGUGGUGGCCGGAGCUAACUGGACAGUAGGUGGAGAGAGCCAGACCUGCCGCUCCCACUCAGACUGUAGUCCAGCCCUUUGGUGUCAAGGGGGCAGGUGCACUCGAAUCUGCCCAUCUUCUUGUGCCCCAGAGGCUCAGUGUCGGGUGCAUCAACAACGAGCAGUGUGCUCUUGUCCCCCAAACACUCAGGGUGACCCCUACGUCUCCUGCUCACCAAUUGGAUGUGAGUCAGACUCAGACUGUCUCUUCAGUGAAAAAUGCUACAGUGGCACAUGUCACAACCCAUGUCUGAGGGGUAGGCCAUGUGCUCCAAGAGCCACCUGCACCACUGCCAACCACACUGUACAAUGCUCCUGUUGGCCAGACCACUCAAGCGACCCCACAGUCAGGUGUCAGAGUCUUGAAUGUACCUCCAGCAAGGAAUGUCCCUCUGAUCAGACAUGCUAUCGUGGUGUAUGUAUAGACCCCUGCAUACUUGCACCUCAGUGCACAAGUGGAGUUUCCUGUCUGGCCCAAGACCAUGCCUGUGUGUGUGCCCCACCCCUUGUGGGCGACCCAUACACGAGUUGCUCACAUCCACCUACACCUCAGUGCCUGAUUGAUGCAGAAUGUCCUGAAGAACAUGGGUGUGUUGAUAACAAAUGUACAGCUUUGUGUCCCUACAUGGACCCUUGUGGAGUGGGAGCUGUGUGCCGCGUGGUGGACCUGGCAGAGCUCCGCACAGUGGUAUGUGAGUGUCCCUCAGGGUACACUGGCAAUGCUCAUCAAGAAUGUGUUAAAGAAGAAAGAACUGGAACAGGAUGUCAGUACGAUGCUGACUGUCCAUUCUUCCAAGCUUGCAUUGAAGGCCACUGCAAUGAUCCUUGUGACGACAGCUGUGCUCCUGGCGCAGAGUGCAAGGCCAUCAAUCACCGCCCUGUCUGCUACUGUCCCCCAAGCCACACCGGAAAUGGUUAUGAUCAUUGCUCACCAAUAGGAUGUACAACUGAUGAAGAAUGCUCCCCUGACAGUGUGUGCCUAAAAAAUAAGUGUAUUGACCCUUGCACACUGGCAAACCCUUGUGGUGCACAUGCCAAGUGUCAAACUUCUCAGCACACAAUUGAAUGUGUUUGUGAAGUUGGAUUUUCUGGAAAUGCACAUGUUGCCUGCAUUGCAAUAGGCUGUCGUGAUGACUCUAGCUGCCCAACCACUCAGUCAUGUGUUAACAGCAUUUGUGUUGAUCAGUGCCAAAAGAGUAACCCUUGCAACACCACCCAGAUAUGCACUAUUCAAAACCAUCAGGCCAAGUGUUCUUGUCCUGAGGGUUACACACCCUCCAAGGGUAAGUGUGUUCCUGCUGAUUCACUGCCUUGCAAAAGUGAUCAGGACUGUCAACGGGGAGAAGCAUGUCUUGACAACACCUGUCAAGACCUGUGUAAGAAAACUCCCUGUGGAGAUCAAGCUACUUGCACAGCUCAACUAGGUCAGGGUCUAGCCACAGUUACUUGUGUGUGUGGUCCUGGUCUUAUUGGAGAUCCCUUCAGAGAAUGUAUAGCCAUCCCCACCCCAGGCUGCACCUCCCAUCAUGACUGUCCCUGGGACCAGAUGUGUGUAGCAGGCCAGUGCAUAGAUGCCUGCAAGAACAAUCCCUGUGGGGUGGGAGCCACCUGCCGCAGCAUAGGACAUCGUGCCACCUGCACCUGUGCUGCUGGGUACCAGGGCGACCCUCUUCUUACAUGUACUCUAGUUGGGUGCAGACAGGAUGGAGAAUGUCCAGACAGGCUUGCGUGCGUUAAUGGCCGUUGCAAGGAUGUGUGCCAGAGUGAUAAUCCUUGUGGUCCUUCUGCUAAGUGUGAAUCAACAAGUCAAGGCCUUCCCAUCUGCUCAUGCCCUAAAGGCUACACUGGUGAUCCUUAUAUCAAGUGCCAGCCUGCAGGGUGCUCUCAAGACUCAGAGUGCCUCAGUGACCAGCAAUGCCUUAACCAACAGUGUCAUAACCCCUGUGCUCAGAAGACAUGUGUUGCCAAUUCAGAGUGUCGUGUCACAGACCACAUAGCCAAAUGUUAUUGUAGAGAAGGCUAUGAAGGUGAUCCUGACCGCUUCUGCUCACUGAUCCCAGUACCUGAUUGCCAGCUUGACCAAGACUGUCCAUCCCCUCAAGGUUGUGUGAGUGGACAUUGCAUGGAUCUGUGCCAAGAAUUACAGCCAUGCAGUCCUGAUGCCUUGUGCCAAGUUCUGAACACUAAACCCACAAAGGCAAUGACGUGUCUUUGUCCUCCAGGAUACAGUGGCGAUCCUCAGUUUUCUUGUGUCCCAGAUGAAAUAGAAAGAGAAGAGGGCUGCAAGAAUGACUUGGAAUGCCCACUGGUGCUGGCAUGUGAAGGUGGAGUGUGUCGCAAUCCAUGCCCAGGUGGAUGUGGCCCUGGGGCCCUCUGCUCAGCCCAGGACCACCGUCCUGUGUGUUACUGCCAGCCUGGUUAUGCAGGAGACCCUCAUGUAGGCUGUACAAAAAUUGACUGUGAAGAUGACACAAGUUGUCCUGAUGCUGAAGUGUGCCAGCACCACAAGUGCCUUGAUCCUUGCCUUCAGGAUAAUGUGUGCCCACCAAGUGCUGUGUGUGUGAGCAGUGCCCACAAGGCACAGUGUCAGUGUCCUCCAGGCACCACAGGGAAUCCUCGGCACCAAUGUCAGAUAGUUGAAUGUAUCCGGGAUUCUGACUGUAGAAACUUUGAGGCUUGCAUCAAUGAAGAAUGUAAAGACCCAUGUGCAUACUACAACCCAUGUGCCAAGGAUGCAUCCUGCCGUGUAAUUGACCACCAGCCUGAGUGUCAGUGCUUGCCUGGCCUCACUGGCAACCCACGAUUCAGCUGUGAAGAACCUAAGCACCCCAGUGCCUGUGUAGUGGACCAGGACUGUGUGCCCACCCAUGGAUGCAUCUUAGACUCCCUGGUGACACGCUACCAUGACAAGGUCUCUGCUGUGUACAUACGCCAGGAUGACACCACGUCUGGUGCUUCAUGCCGUGACUUGUGUCAGAAACACAAGCCCUGUGGACCAAAUGCAAUCUGCUCCGUGAUAGAUUCCACUCCACGAAGGUCAAUGAGCUGCACUUGUCCACCAGGUUAUCACGGUGAUGCCAAGAUCGAGUGUCGUUUAAUACCUUCACAAGGAGGCUGCACCCAACACUCAGACUGCUUGUUCAGUGAGGCAUGUAUUGGAGGUCUGUGUAGUGACCCUUGUCGCUGUGGUGUCAAUGCUGAGUGCUUUGUGUCUAAGCAUCGACCAUACUGCACCUGCCCACCCUCCUACACAGGCGACCCAAGUGUGGCAUGCUACAGAGUGGAAUGUGUCAGUGACAUAGACUGCCCCAGUGACCGAGCAUGUGUAGCAACAAAGUGUGUAAACCCAUGUUCCCAAGAUUCACCAUGUGCACCCUCUGCAAAAUGCUCUGUAGAUCAGCAUGAAGUUCAGUGUACUUGCCCAUCUGGCGAACGUGGCGACCCUAAGCUGGAGUGUCGUGCCAUUGGCUGCCGCAGCAAUGAUGAAUGUCCCCCUGAACGUGCCUGCAUAAAUCAGCAAUGUCAGGAUCCCUGCCAAACUGACCCAUGUGGCCUGGGAGCUCUAUGUAUUACCCAAGCUCACAACUUCACAUGUUCAUGCCCUCAGGGACACAAGGGCCAGCCUACUGUGGCAUGCCAUCCCCAGAUUACUGCAUGUAUAGCAGACCAUGACUGUGGUGUAGGAUUGGUAUGUGUGCGUGGGGUGUGCACUGACCCAUGUAAGGAAACAAGACCAUGUGCACCAAAUGCCGAAUGCAUCAUUCAAGAGACACGACCCAUCAAAUCUGUGACUUGCUUCUGCCCCGCAGGGUUUUCGGGCGACGCUCAAGUGCAGUGCCGCAAAAUUACCAAGCAGCCCCCAGUGGAAUGUUCUGGUGACAAUGACUGCCCAGAGCAGCUGGCUUGUGACAAUGGACACUGUCUGGACCCUUGUGCCUGCGGAGAGAAUGCCGUUUGUCAUAUUACUAAUCACCGGGCAGUGUGCUCCUGUGCCCCAGCAUAUGCAGGAGACCCUUACACCUCUUGCUAUCCUUUAAUAGGCUGUGCAAAUAGCAGGGACUGUCCAUACUCUCUUGCCUGUCAUAAUGGAGAGUGUGUGGAUCCAUGCUCAGUUAACAAUCCAUGCUCCAGCAACGCAGUCUGCUUUUCUAACCAACACAAAGCUGAAUGUCGCUGUCCACCUGGACUAGAGGGAGACCCCUAUGUCAAAUGCGAGACUCAAGGAUGCAAGGUGGACACUGACUGUCCAAAAGAUCACACUUGCCUAAAGAAUCAAUGCACUGAUGCAUGUGCACAUUCUAACUGUGCCAAUGAUACCAUAUGCUACCCUCAGGACCAUAAAGGUCUGUGCAAGUGUCCAGCAGGGUAUGAGGGUGAUCCUACUGUUAAGUGUGAACGAACAGAGGAGCCAGCUUGUACUAGUGACCAAGAGUGUGAAGUGGGCCUCGCCUGCAUCAGCUAUAAUUGUCAAAAUCCUUGUGGCUCUCAAUUGUGUGGAGACAAUGCUGAGUGCCAAGUGGUUGAGUCACUACCAUUCAAGAGCAUGACUUGCAAGUGUCUGCCUGGGUAUCAGGGAGAUGCCAACAUUCAGUGCAGACAGAUUCCAGUGGAGGAAAUUUGUGUCCGUGACACAGACUGUCCUGCUAGCUUGGCAUGUGUGGAGGGCAGGUGUCAAGAUCCCUGUCACUGUGGAAAAAAUGCCCUCUGCACUGUUGUCAAGCACAGGCCAGUUUGUACCUGCAACCCAGGUUAUGAGGGAGAUCCACAAAUUGCUUGUUCACAGACUGGGUGCACCAGUGACUCCCAGUGUCCAGAUGAUCGUGUGUGUUAUGAAAACAACUACUGUGUCAGUCCUUGCCAGCUUGAUAAUCCCUGUACUCUACAAGCUGAGUGUCAUGUCUCUGAUCACAAAGUCGCUUGCCUCUGUCGCUCUGGCUACGAAGGUGACCCUUACAAGCAAUGUCGAGCUAUUGGCUGUACUACAGAUGAUAACUGUCCAUCCAACCGCAUGUGCCUAAAUGGUCGCUGCCUUGAUCCAUGUAUUUACAACAACACAUGUGCCCCAGAAGCAGAGUGUCGUGGAAUAAACCACCAAACUGAAUGUCGUUGUCCCUCUGGCUUUAGAGGAGACCCAUCCAUUGUUUGCUUGAAGAGGGAGCUGCCACCAGUCUGCCGUUCAGACUUUGACUGUGAGGUAGAUUUUGGUUGCAUGGAUGGGCUUUGCCGUAAACUAUGUGAGGUACUGGAGCCAUGUGAGAAGCCAACAUUGUGUCAACUGGUCUCCACACAUCCACUCAAGACCAUGACAUGCACCUGCCCCACCCACAUGGUCGUCUCACUCCACGGACUUUGUACCGAUUUGAAAACACAGUUAAGUGUGGGAUGCCGGGCCAACAGUGAGUGUCCCAGCAACACUGCUUGUCUGAACACACGUUGUGUCAGACCAUGCGACUGUGGAGUACAUGCUGAGUGCCAUGUGAUUGACCAUCGCCCCAUCUGUACUUGUCUUCCUGGCUACCAAGGAAACCCCUCAAUUGGUUGCUACAAAGCUGGCUGUACUUUGGAUGAAGAGUGUCCUCAUGACACAAUGUGUCACAGUGGUGUCUGUGUCAACCCGUGCCUGGUGAAUGACCCAUGUGCCAUUAACGCUGAAUGCUACCCAGAAAAUCACCGUGCCAAAUGCCGAUGCCCACAUGGAAUGGAGGGUGACCCAUUCAUCCAGUGUCUUGUGAUAGGAUGCAGAAGCAACUCAGACUGUCCCUCUACCAAGGCUUGUAUUAACCGCCAGUGUGUCGACCCUUGUCUAUACAACAGUGAGUGUGCUCCUAAUGCUAAAUGCUAUGUGUUACAACAUACUGUUGCCUGCCAUUGCCCAGCAGACAUACCAUAUGGUGAUCCUCUGAUUAUGUGUGAAGAUCGACGACUAGAAGUUGUUCCUCCUAAACCGGAGUGUCAAGUUGAUGCUGACUGCCCUAGCAAGAAAGCAUGUAUUAGUGAGCACUGCGUUAAUCCAUGUCACAUGCUGAAUCCUUGCGAUGAAACUACACUGUGUGAUGUAAUUGACUCAGUACCAGUGCGAACCAUGAUAUGCAUAUGUCCAGAGGGCUACAUAACAACUGAUGAAGGAACAUGUAAGAUGAUUGAGAUCCUCAUUCCACCUGGCUGCCAGGAUAACUCUGACUGUCCUGUAGAGGAGGCCUGUAUCAACCGUUUGUGCCGAAAGCCAUGUGACUGUGGACCAAAUGCUGAUUGUGAAGUUAUCAACCAUCAUCCCGUUUGUACAUGCCAAGUUGGGUUCCAGGGUAAUCCUGACAUUGGCUGUUUCCCUAUAGGAUGCCAGCAAGACUCUGACUGUGAAGACCACCAGGCUUGCUAUAAUCCUGUGUGUGCUAACCCUUGCCUAGUAAGCAACCCCUGCUCUGCCAAUGCUGAGUGUUACGCUGAGGGACAUACAGCCCACUGUCGGUGCCCCUCCGGAUUACAGGGUGAUGGCUACACUGAAUGCCUCAUUAUUGGGUGUAGAGCCAAUUCAGAAUGUCCCAGUGAUCGAGCCUGCAUUAAUAAGAAGUGCACUGAUCCUUGUGCAUCUGAGGACCCAUGUGCACCUAAAGCAGAAUGUGUACUUAAGGACCAUCAGGCUCACUGUCGCUGUCCUCCUGGCACCUUUGGGGACCCCAGACAGGAGUGUUUCCCAGUUCCUGAGCCUGAAUGUUCAACUGACAGGGACUGCUCCAGUCAGCUUGCUUGUAUUGAUGAAAAAUGUGUUAACCCUUGCCAAAUACUAAAGCCAUGCCAUGAAAACACUGAAUGCCAAGUCAUUGAUACACUUCCUGUCAGGACAAUGAUAUGCAUCUGCCCUGAUGGCAUGGUCACAGAGCAAGACGGAGAGUGCAAGCUGGUGCCUGCAAUUAAACCCAUAUGUGAGACUAAUUCUGAGUGCCCUUCAGAUUACGCCUGCUUCAACGGUUUCUGUAAAUAUUCCUGCCAGUGUGGUGUCAAUGCCAACUGUGAGAUUGUGGAGCAUCAUCCUCUCUGCACCUGCAAGCUUGGUUAUGAAGGCGAUCCAGAGAGUCGAUGUUAUGACAUUAGUUGUUACGGUAGUGAUGACUGCCCAACCACACACAUUUGCCGCAAUGGGCAGUGUGCUCCAGUGUGUGGCCCCAACAAUGAGCCUUGUGGUGAAGGAGGUGUGUGUCAGGGGGUUGAACAUGAGGCAGUAUGCUACUGUCCUCCUGGCUCGCAGGGUAACCCUCGCACACAGUGUGUCGCCAUUGGCUGUGCCUCUGAUGACGCCUGCCCAGAUGACCGCAGCUGCAUCAACCAGCGCUGCAAGAGUCCCUGUGCCUUGGACCCUUGUGAAAAGCCUGCUACAUGCUUUGUCUCAGACCACAUUCCAGAAUGCCCAUGUCCUCCAGGCUUCAACAGGACUCUAGAUAAUGGAUGUGAAAUGAUUAUUGUUGGAUGUCGCUCGGAUGGAGACUGCCCCAGCGAGACUGCUUGCAUCAACGACCGGUGUAUCGACCCAUGUAGCCUGGAGCCUUGUGCAGAGAAUACAGACUGUGCGGUGAUUGACACAAGUCCUAUCAGGACCAUAGUUUGUGAAUGUCUUCCAGGAUUUCAGGGUGAUGCUGCAGAAAAAUGCACUCCAACUCCAGUGUGCCCAUUCGAGAAGGGUUUCAUUCUGACAGAUGACGACCGCUGUGUGUGUCCAACUGAGCGAAGCUUUUAUGUUGAUGAGAACGGGAACUGCCAGCGAUGCCUUGUUGAGUUAGGCUUCAUACUCACUGAUGAUGGAAGAUGCAUUUGUGACCCUGAGAAGGGCUAUGUGCUGACUGCUGGUGGCAUUUGUGACUGCCCCUUGCCAGGAGUCAAAAAUGAGGAUGGCAAAUGCGUAGUUCGCACAGAGCCGCCACCUCCCAUCGGAUGUACCAGUGAUGAUGACUGCCCCAAUGACAAGGCCUGUGAACAACGUAAAUGCGUCUACCCAUGUGACUAUUAUCCAUGUGCCAAGUUGGCUAAAUGCAUCAACAGAGACCAUCGUGCCAAUUGCACCUGCAUCGCUGGAUAUUCAGGAGAUCCCUACAAGGAAGAUGGCUGCAAAGACAAGAUUGGGAGAACUGACUUUCCUCGGCCAGAGAUGGUGGUCAACUGCCUUGCUGAUGGUGUUCAGGUCGACAUCAAUAUUGGUGACCCUGGAUUCAAUGGCGUCAUGUAUGUGAAGGGCUACUCUAAGAACGAGGAGUGUCGGAGGGCCAUGAGGCCUGACAUCGACACAGGAACCAUUGACUUCAAGGUUAAGUUCAACACCUGUGGCCUCAUUCAUGAAAAUGGUCUGGCCAGAUUCAUCUUGGUGCUGCAGAAACAUCCUAAGCUUGUGACGUACAAUACACAGGCAUACCAUGUCAAAUGCACCUACAACACAGGAGAGAAGACCAUUACUAUAGGCUUCAAUGUAUCAAUGCUGACAACUGCUGGAACAAUAGCCAACACUGGUCCUCCUCCUACUUGCCUAAUGAAGAUAACAGACCCCAAUGGUAACAGCAUCGAAAAUGCAGAAAUUGGUGACUUGCUUAUGCUCAAAGUCGUGGUUGAACCAUCAAACAUCUAUGGUGGCUUUGCGCGAAACUGCAUUGCUCUGACUGCUAACCCGGAUGGUACCGACAAUGAGCACCUUGUGACUGAUGAGAACGGAUGUGCAACAGACCCAUCCAUCUUUGGCGAGUGGGAGCAAGCUGAUGAUGAUGCCAAGACACUUGUUGCCCUAUUCAGUGCAUUCAAAUUCCCAUCCUCUAAUUCCAUACGCUUCCAGUGUAACGUGAGAGUUUGCUUUGGACGAUGCCAUCCCGUCAACUGCAAUGGAUAUGAUGCCUUCGGUAGACGUCGACGUCGAGAAGCUAAUUCUGACGCGGAGGUGUUAUACCAGCCAGAGUCAGUGUAUGAUGGCCAGUUAAGGGAAAUUGAAGUCUAUUCACAGUCUAUCUUCACUGUAGAAACUCGGACCGAGAGAUUUACUGCACCUCAGGAAGAGGUGAUCAGCCCUGAAGAGGUGUGUGUGAGUAAAUGGGGCUUCAUCAUUGCCCUCAUCAUCACAGCCCUGCUAGCCUUGGUGGCGGUGGCAGUGGCAGUGUCCUGCUGGCUCAUGGCCUACAGGCGUCGCCCCAAACAUGGGGGACCACUUCCUCAUCCACCCGAGUUCCCCAAUCCUCUCUUCACCACGCCUGAGCCCCUAGCAGAGCCCUCCCCUGAUUACUUAUCCUGAGGGACCAGAGCCCUCCACUGACUGCUGUGAUCAUUUAUUCUAUACAUUUACUCAGAGAUGAGCACUGUGCUCCCCUCCCCUAAGUCACCAUUUAGUGCAUGUUUUUCAAUUCAAACCAUGAAAAAUUUAAUAGUAUAAUAUUUUUCUCCAGAUAUAUUCCUAUGGUCAUGAAAGUAACAAGUGAGACUCGGUGUGACAGGAGAGUUCCCAGGGUGUUUGUCCCUUUACAAAGACCUUGUCCUAAGUUCAGCAGAAACCACUUGGGGAAUGAACACCAGGGAUGCUGCCUAGUCACACGUGUGUGUGUGUGUGUGUGUGCUUGUGUGUGUAAAACAUCUAUAAGGUAAUGAACAUUCAUGUACUGCUUUUGCUGUUUUGUUUAUUGUACAAAGUAUUAUCUUGAGUAAUGCCCACUGAUUUUUGCCGGACAUAGCGGUGGCAUGUAUUCCCCUUUCAUCUGAGUGGAGCCCUGAGUGUGGUAACCUUCAAAAGGUAAUGCUUGAAUAGCUCAUCUAUAUUCCAAAGACUUGUGUUUUACUGUAUUCUAGGAACAGUUAUGUAAGCUUAGGUUAUCUAUUACAAACAAGUUAGGUGCUCAUGGACAUGUCCCUGUUUUGUCCAGCUUCCUGAAGUGUCAAAAGUAAUAUGGAGAGUUAGUCUCUGGCUAGUGUGUAUGUGUGUGUGUAUGAGUGUGUGUGUGCGUGUGUGUGCCAUAGCUACCAUGAGCCAGAGACUAAGCAGCUCACCAUGUUACAGUGUAUAAAGUUGGUCUGUCAUGGCGGCUAUGGGGAGUCAGAGAUAGUACUGGCAGCAAGGCAGUGCUGCACGUUAGAAGUUAGUGACUUGUCCUUAGUAAUAUUUGCAGAAUCGCAAAGAACUGAUCUCCCCCUAUCUACUUGACAGGACCUCAAAUGAAUGAUUAUAUAAAACUGAAAAUUGUUAUAUUUUGUGCACAUGAGUGCUCUAGGUGCAGUAUGAGAUGUUACCUCUUUUCCUGCAAGCACAGGUAGGAAAUGUGCUGAAAUAAGAGUACUUUGAGGGUAUUGGUGGAUGGUGGGUUGAAAAUGUAACUUAGCUCUCUAAAAGGGCUUCACAACUUUAUACAAGAAUAAUACUUAUGAUUGUUAUGGUUAAAUAAGUUUGAAAACCCACCAGUUCCAGCCAUUACUCUACAAACUUCCUCUGUCUGGGAGUUCAAGAAUUAUGUUUUAUUGAAAACUUCAAAGUUAAUAGCUCUGAAGAAAAUUUUGGGUAUUAUGUGCCUGCAUACUAGUUCAUAGAAAAAUAAUUCUCAUAAAAAUUAUGCCCAUUUUUCUUUUUCUAUUUUCACUAACUAAACAAGGCAAGCUGGCUGUGGCAUUCUGUACAAGUAUGUAACUUGGUUUCAGUACACUGACUUUAACAAAGGCAUAUUCCUUCACUUGUUAUACUCUGUACUGUGAUCUGUGCCUUGGUGCUUGCUUUAAUGCUGAUAUGCCUUUGUUUGACUCACGGGUAACUGUCUUCUGUAUGACUCUGUUUUGGAAGCACUCUUAAUAACUGGUGGUGGGACUUCAAAACUCUAAGAAAUCAGUCUUGGUAUCUAAAUGUAAUAGUUAACAUGGUGGUGGGUGUCUGAUGGGGUAUCCAGUACACACAGCUUGCCUUGUCAAUAUCUGAUCAUAAAUUUAACUUCUCUAUGCUUUAAAACCAUGUUAAUAUCUCACCUGUAAUAUACACCUGUUACCUAAUAAAGGAUAUGGAAUACAA